AUUGCUCUUCCUCACACAUGAAGAACUUGGCUGUAUUGAACCGCGGGUACCUCAACCCGCAGGCGUUCACGCACCCAGACGUGACGCUUUCACCAUACUCCACUUUUGACGCCGUCACAGACUCCAUCACGUAUGUGUUCACUGAUCCGGAGGAGAACAGCCACGUGGAGGUGCAGCAGUUUCUCAAGAACGGGACGGUGAACGUCUUGGCUUCUUUCCCACUAGAGGCGUAUGCCGUGGACGGGUCGCUCAACGAGCUCGUGAGCUUUGCGCACUUUGUGGACGUGUACCAGUUGGUGCUUGUGUUCAGCAACGGUGACAUCGUGACGGCCACCUACGACGCUUCGUACGACUCGGACAGCACGGUUGUGUCAAUAAUCGGAUCCAUUGACGCCGGGGUUCUUGCUGCCGGGUGGUCGCCUGAUGAAGAGACGUUGACGCUUUUGACAAAAGACCACAAGCUCACGCUUCUCUCGCGCCUCUUCGAGCCGAUCAGCGAGAUUGUCAUCAGCAGCGCCGACUUGCUUAACUUUCACAACACAAACAAGCAUGUUUCGGUUGGCUGGGGAAAGAAGGAGACGCAGUUCCAGGGCAAGGGUGCGCGUGCUCUAGAGCGUGAAAAGGAGGCAUUGAAGCACGCUGGCGCGGACGAAGAGAUAGCGAAUGCCAUGAGAGAUCCCACAUUGGGGAAGGUAGAACGCGGGUGUGUUUCACCGUAUGAUCUGGCCCGCCACAAGGUAUCCUGGAGGGGCGAUGGUGAGUUUUUUGCCAUCAGCAUUAUUGAGGAGAUCCUGAACAAGAUCUCAGAGGCAGUCGAGGUCGAUUCCAGACGGGUUACCCGCGUAUACACCAGGGACGGUGAACUCGUGUCAAUCUCCGAGCCGGUCAACAACUUGGAGGGAUAUCUCGCGUGGAAGCCGCAAGGGGCGUUGCUUGCGUCGGUGCAGCGUGACUACGACACCGAGCUCGAAGACUUGGAGCUCAAGGUGGUUUUUUUCGAGAAGAACGGGUUGAGACAUGGCGAAUUUUGCCUUCGUGUCGAUCCCCGGACAACCGUUCAGAACGUGGAGUGGAGCUGCGACUCUGAGAUCUUGGCUGUCCAACUCGACGGGCGCGUCCAGCUCUGGACCACCAAGAACUACCACUGGUACUUGAAACAGGAACUCCGUGCCGACGAGCCCAUCCUCGCGUUUCGCUUCCACCCAGAAAAGCCCACGCAGUUGCUUUUGCAUACCAUAAGCUCCAUCCAGAUCGUCGACUUGACCGCCCAGGUGACCAUUGGGCCCACUUACAAGGGGUUCGAUAUCGGGACCAAUUUAGUGAUUGACGGUGCAGAAAUUAAGUUCACACCGCUUGCGCUUGCCAACGUUCCGCCGCCGAUCGCCUUCCGCGAUUUAGAAGUUGUGCACCCAGUCACCGGGGAGAUGGUGAACGCCACGGCUGCCGCAUCGUCCCAGAGCAACAUGAAGAUUGCGGCCGCGGGUGUGGAUGGCGGGUUGUAUGUAUUCGGGCCAGCCACAGACCUCGUCUCUUGGGGCGAGCUUAUCAAGAAAGGCGGCGCUCCGAAGAUGGUCCAGCAUAUGGACAACGCCCAGCUCUUUGCCGGACUAGGGGAGAUGCCCAUCAGACAGCUCGCGUUUAUUGGCGACACCCACGUGGUGUUGUUGGUAGAUGGGACUGAGUCCAGGCUUGCCAUUGUCGACUUGACCGCGGAGGAAGUGAUUGUGCUUGACCAGGUCAACGGUAGCGGACCGAACAAGAUUGUUUUGUUAAAGGCGAGCUCGGAUGGCGCCAUGGCUGUGUACGAGACUAUUGAUGGUCAUGUGUAUUCCCUCGACUCGCACGGCUCUAUCGUAGAGGUGUGCCAGUUCCCGCAGUUGUGCCGCGACUUCCAGGCGGGUCCGCUUGCGAGCGGGAUGGUGGCGUUUGGGUUGACGGUGAACGGUAAGUUGUUUGCGAACGACGCCUGUAUCUCCAGCUCUGUCACCUCCAUCAUGGUGAGCGACUCCUUUUUGAUGGUCACCACGGCCCAACACCAAUUGCGCUUCGUGCACUUGGACGCGUCGGUGUUCCAGCCAAUCGACGAAAGCACCCCAGCGGAAGGUACCCGAGAUGAGGAUGAACGUGUGAGAAUGAUCGAGCGCGGUUCUAUCUUGGUCAACACCAUGCCGUCCAAAUCACGCGUGGUGUUAGAGGCCCCACGUGGCAACUUGGAGACGAUCCACCCAAGAAUCAUGAUCUUGAGUGAGGUUCGUCAGCACAUCAAGGACACCGAAUACUACAAGGCGUUCAUGUUGUGUCGCACCCACAGAAUUGAUUUGGACAUUUUGCACGAUUAUGAUCCAAAGUUGUGGGCCGACAACAUGCCUAAGUUCGUGGCGGAGCUCGGCAAGGUCGAGUACUUGGACUUGUUUGUCAGUUGCUUGCACGAAGAGGAUGUCUGCAAGACAAAGUACAAGGAAACCCUUGGAUCAGAUGAAAUGGUUCAGCAGUUUACCCAGUUGCAAGUCACCGAAAAGCCAGAAUCCAAGAUCAACAAGAUCUGUGAGCAGAUGGUGACGCUCUUGACCCAGCCGGCAUAUUACAGCAAGUACUUGCAGACGGUAAUCACCAUGUUUGCGUGUCAGAGCCCGCCAAACUUGGCCGGUGCCUUGGCAUUGAUCGGCGCAUUCACCGAUGCCGACGAGCUCGAGAAGUCAGUCACCCACUUGUGUUUCUUGCAGGACGUCAACACGUUGUACACGGUUGCCUUGGGCCUCUAUGAUGUCAAGUUGGCGUUGAAUAUUGCGCAGCAGUCGCAAAAAGAUCCGAAGGAGUACUUGCCGUUCCUCCAGAACUUGCACGUCCAGACGCCGUUGCGCAUGCGCGUCAUGAUUGACACCCAUCUUAAGAACUUUGCCCAAGGGUUGCGUCACUUGCACGAGAUGGAGCAGGAGAGUUCUAAUAAAGGCUUACAGGAGAGCUCUAAUGAGAGCUUGCAGGAGAACUCUAACAAGGGCUUGGUGCUGGAAAUUAACCAGUACAUUGUCGAGUACGACUUGUACCAACUCGCGCUAGACCUCUACCGUUACGAUGCUCCGAGAUCCGAUCACAUCUUGGCGUUGUAUGCCGUGCACUUGAAGGCUCAGCAAUUCUUCGAUGAGGCGGGGAUGACCUUUGAGGUCUUGGAGAACCACCUGCAGGCGUUAGAGUGCUACAUCUUAGCCAAGAAGUGGAAGGAGGCCUUGACCAUCGCCCAAAUCGACAAGGCCUCUUUGACGGAGGUGGCAGACAGAUUGGUCAUCGCUUUGACCGAGGACCAGCAAUACAGCGCCGCCGCCGACAUUGAAUUGAAGUUCUUACACAACUUAGAGAAUGCGCUCAAGUUGUACUGCAAGAAUUAUCACUUUGACGAGGCCAUUUUAUUGUGUGUCACACAUGAUAAGCCAGGCUUGCUCGAGUCGGUGAUUGACCCACAGUUGGGUGAGGGCUUCGGUGUCAUAGCCGAGUUACUUGCCGAUUGCAAACAGCAGACCGAAUCGCAGUUGCGAAGAUUACGUGAGUUACGCUUGAAGAAACAGGAGAAUCCUUACGAAUUCUACGGCAACCCCGAACAGAACGACCUCGACACCCCAGACAAUGUGUCAGUCGCUGCCUCGGAAACGUCCACCACCCCAUCGUUCUUCACCCGCUACACCGGUAAGACUGCCGGAACCGCCAAGACCGGGGCGUCCAGAAAGUCCACCAAGAACCGGAAGAGGGAAGAGCGUAAGCGUGCCAAGGGCCGCAAGGGGACUAUCUACGAAGAAGAGUACUUGAUCAAGUCUGUUGGUAGGUUGCUCGAGAGAUUGCACGCCACCAUUCCAGAGGCGGUCAGGUUGAUUGAGGGGUUGGUCAGAAGACUGAUGAAGCAGCAGGCCCACCAGAUCCAGCACAACUUUGUGGAGAUCAUGGCGUUCUUGAAGGAGAACAUUGUGGAGAUCCACAAUAUCAGCGAGAGAGAUAGAGAGAGAGUGAACGACGAGGGCGAGGUCUACCUCAUUCCGGAGAUUCCUGUACCGGAGAUCCAAGAGUUCCCUAGAAAGCAGACCUUGGACUUCUAGCACGUCUUAUGUGUAUAGUGUAAUAUAUAAUUGAAAAGGGAGACAUGCAGCCUGG